CCUAUGCUGGAUUCUGCCCCCGGUCUAUCCGUACCCUCCAUUACAAGUUUCCCCUAUCUUUGUUCCAUCAACCUUCUCGAACAAUGCAGUGCCGGCCAAGUAGAUUUACGGAUGUGUCCAGGUCUUGUGUUCCUCUACCUCGUGCUCGAAAAAUCCCCCUCCUCUUUGUCAGUCCGAGUGCCCUCCUUCUUGUAUGCUUUGAGACUUGUCCACUCCUUGUCUCCAAGGAUCUACGGUGUGGACGGUCGCUCUGUCCGUGAUAGAGAUCUCGAUAUUCCUGUAUGAUACUGUCGUUAUUGAGAGCACAGAUGCUGAUUCCUGAUAGAGGUCUUCCUGGCCAGUGACACACUCAAGAUGCCCCCAUUCCCAUUCCAAUCCAUCAUUCCCGCUCUACUUCCCCGUCGAGGCUUGCCCUGCAAAUCGUAUGUACGUACUCUUGCGCCUGAAGGCUG